AUGAUGCUACGAAUAGCGAUACUCACUGACGAUGCCGACUACGAGGCCGACUACGAUGCCGACGAAACGUCUGGGAAUGUACCACGUCUACGGUCCUACUCUGGAAAUGAUAAUGCAUACAAUGGACUCCGGACUAGGAUAUGCUACGAUGACUUCUGCAAGCAUUUUACAUCCUUGGAAGUGUGCCAUUUGGGCCUAGAAAGCCUAGAAAGGGAUUCUACGGUGUACGGCAAACGGAGACUGGAUGAAGCCUUCUUUGUGGGUGAAUGGAAAAUCGGGACUUCGGCUGGGGGCUGCGCUAAAUUCAUGGGUGAGUCGAUAACUAAUCUAGAAGCAAAUCCAUGCAAAAGAAUUUUUUUCAAAAUACUCUAG